GCACAGUGGAGUAAUGCAGGAAAUGUGCUCACUGUGUCCUAUCUGACCGUGUGUGACACACCUUAAGGAUCAUGGGAAGCCUGAGGAAGCUUUAGAUUGUGUUUGGAGAGAGAGGGUCAAACUCACAGGAGCAUGAGGAGGUUUUUCCGAGCUCACCGGGAAGAGGACUACAGUCAGAUCCAGUAUCUGACGGCCAAGUGCACCCGCCUGGCACACGAAAGAGCGGUGCUGGAGAGGGAGUUCCUGUUGUCCAGAGACCGGGAGAGGAAGCUGCAGAAUGAUCUGGAAGCUGGGGGCGCUCGAAUUGUCCACCAGGAGCAGCUGAACCUGGAGCUGAGGAUGAGAGAGGACCAACUCAUCAGCAGGAUCGAGCAGCAGCGGGACCUGGUGGAGUUGCUGCAGCAGCGGGUGGGGCUGCUGGCAGAGGCGAGCUCCCGGGAUGCGGAGCUGCUGAGACAGGUCGGCUCAGAGCUGCUGUGCCUGCAGAGCUCCGAGGUGAAGCUGGAGGGCCUGGUGGAGGAGCUGCACGCUGAGGCCCAGCACAGAGUUGCGGAGGCAGUGAGCCUCCAGGUGGAGCUGCAUGGUGAGGCCCAGCGCAGAGUUGAACGGACGGAGAGCCUCCAGGCAGAGCUGCGCAGAAAGACGGAGGAGCUGGAGGAGCUUCAAGACACCAACCAAACGCUGACAGAGAAGCUGAAGGAUUUACAGUCCGCUCAUCAGACCGAGGUGAGGGAGCUGCAGGCGGAGAACGAGCGCAGUCUGAGGAAGCUGCAGGGCACAGCGGAGCAGUGUGAGUGGCUCUGUCAGCAGCAGCGCUACUGGAUAUGUUGUGUCAAGAGAUUCAAAGACUGCCUGAUGGAGGAGAGAGACGCUGUGCUGCGACAGGUCAUCAUGUUGAAGAGGAAGACAGAGAAACUAAAGCAGAGUCGACACAAUGACAGUCCCACACAGAGCGUCCUCUGUCCCCUGCAGGACUCUCAAUGCUGCGACGGCAGUAUAACGUUAUGGGAUGCCGAUGCAGUAGCCAACCUGGAGUCUCAGGUGGAGAAGUCCAACAUGCUGUACGCAGAGCUCUUUCACCAGGUAGCGGGGAGUGUUAUCAACGGACACCAAAAACCUCCGUGAGGACAGAAGCCUGGAGCCUGGACUCGUCUUCUUUUUCUGUUCCCACCUUCAGCCGAGCAGAGGAUAACCACUGGAUGUUUGUGUGUGCGGUUAGCUCAUUGUCAGAAAAACCCAGAAAAACCUUGGAAAAACCAACUGGUUUUCUUCCUCCAUUGUUCACCUGUCUCGAGAGGAAUCUGCUUCAUGACAUAUGACUGAAUUAAACCCUCCUCUCCUUCACAUGUGUUCCUAAAAACGCAUUUCCAUGUAAUGGUCCAUUAUUCAGAGCCAGUAAUUAACACCACUAACAAGAUAGCAAAGCACCUGAGAAUGUUCAACGAAUCCUCGCAGGGGAAGCAGCAGCUGGUGUGCAGAGGAAACAACAAACGUGUUGUUUGGACCAAAAAUGAAGCUCUAAUUAUUCCCCCGCUGAGAAUCUGGUACAUCUCAACCCUGAUGAUCAGAUCUCUCCCUCACUUAUCGCCCGUCAGCCAGGGUCCAAAGCGUAUGUGAGGUGAUAUCGACUCGGCUUCAUCACAUGGGAACCACAUGAAACCCGAAUGCUGCAAAAAAGCCAGAAGCUAUAGUUGGGAAAUACAUUUGAAUCAUCCAUUAUGUCAUCAUUAACUAUGUAUUAACUGCAAGCAACUGUGUCAGGACUCAGGGCUGAAUGCAUUAAACAGCCAUAAACCAUUAUCAGGUAAUAAAUGGACAGUUCUCCUGCCUUCUAA